AUGGUCAACUAUUUCACCUCAGAUGUGGUUGGCCAGUUAGCCAUAGGUGGAAUGGUCGGGUUUCUGGAACAGACAAAAGACGCCGGUGGCAUCAUCCAAUCUAUCCAUGACGGAUUUUACUUUAUGGGUAAUAUGGGCAUACUGCCGUUACAGAUGUUCUGGAUCAAUAACCCCGUUUCCAAGUGGUUGACUAAACACUUCGGUGGUGAUCGUUUAAAUGCUUUUGAUGUCUUUAUCAACUGGCUGGAUAACAGGGUAGAAGAGAGGAUAACUAACGGUCUUUUACCAAACCAGCGGAGAGACCUUCUUCAACAUUUCAUCGAGGCUAAAGAUCCUCAUGGCUAUCCUGUUGGCAAAAAGGAUGUUAUGAUUGAAGGCGUGAAUCUUCUUGCCGCAGGGUCUGAUACAACCGCCACCGGUAUUCUGGCUUGCCUUGGAUAUCUUCUCACUAACCCUCAAGCCAAGGCAAGACUGAUAGAAGAGAUCGACAACGCCUACAAAGAACUCGGACUAGAGGAGGAGGGGCGUGAGAUAUCCUACAAGGAGGCAGAAAAGCUUUCAUAUUUGUCUGCUGUUAUCACGGAAAGCACUCGAUUACACCCUUCCAUUCAGUAUCAACUUCCCCGUGUCAUCCCGUCUGAUGGAGCUCAGAUGGGAGAGUAUUUUCUUCCCCCAGGCACAAUUUGUGGAACUAGUGCAAGAGCAGUUAACUGUUCACGAGAAAUCUUUGGCCCGGAUGCAGAAGAUUUUCGACCCGAGCGGUGGAUUCCACAAAGCAUAGAAGAUGAGAAGCGGAUUAGGAAGGAGAAGUCCCUUCUGAUGACGUUUGGUAUGGGAAGCCGUAGCUGCAUAGGAAAGCAUUUGGCGACGGUGGAACUUUACAAUUAUAUCGCUCAGUUCUUUCGGCAUUACGAUGCUGAGGUGGCAAACACGGCAAAGCCUUGGAAAACGAAGACGCAAUGGUUCUCUCUUCAUCAGGACUUUCUGGUCACGAUCAAGAGGAGACAUUGUUAA